AUGGAACGAUAUGAUCGAGCUAUCACUAUCUUCUCACCUGAUGGACACUUGUUCCAGGUAGAAUAUGCUCAAGAAGCUGUGAAAAAGGGAUCUACUGCCGUAAGUACUUUUGUUUUUGAUUGUUUAUUUAGAUACGGAUAUGUUAGAAGAAUGAAUUUGGAAGUUAAAGCCUUAUCCAAUAUAAAAAUGGAUGAAUUGUUGAAGUACAGCGGUUGUUUUAGAUAGGAGUACGUGGUAAAGAUUGUGUGGUAAUUGGAGUGGAGAAGAAGUCGAUUCCAACUCUUCAAGAUGAUCGUACCAUCAGAAAGAUUCACAGCAUUGAUGAGCAUGUUAUGCUGGCCUUUGCUGGUUUGACUGCUGAUGCUCGUGUCUUGGUCGAUUAUGCUAGAAUUGAAUGUCAAUCUUACAAAUUGACUUUGGAAGAUCCUGUAACUGUAGGAACGAUUGCUCGGUACAUUGCUAACUUGAAACAGGUAUGUUAGUUUUUUAGGUAGUUGUAAAGAAUUUUUUAGAGCGUUUUAUUUUUAAAUAAUAAUAAUGUUAUAUUUCUUUUCUUUUGACAAUGAGAAUAUUUUUUCGACUUUUCAGCGAUAAAACUGUUGCAAUUUUAUAGCCUUUGAUUUUAGAGGUUCACACAAAGUCCAGGAAGACGUCCAUUUGGAAUUACGAUGUUGAUUGGUGGCUUUGACUACGAUGGUACUCCAAGAUUGUUCAAGACAGAACCUUCUGGCACUUACUACGAAUACUUUGCCAAUUCGACUGGUCGAGGAGAGAAGCCGGUCAGGGAAUACUUGGAAGAGCAUUAUAACGAUGAGACGACCAAGGACGAGGCAUCUGUAUUAAAACUUGUUGUGAAAGCUUUGUCUCAGGUGGUACAAAGUGGAGCACAGAACAUUGAAAUCGCUGUAAUGACUCCUAACAAAGACACUGUAAGUUGUUAACGUUAUUUGAUAUUUAAGGUGAUUUUUUAAAUUUUUUUGCCAAUUCUUCUUUUUUGAUACUUAAAAGGUCUUUGUUUAGCUUUUAAAUUUAUUUUUAUAUUGUAGUACUUUUUUACUUUUUUUGUUGAUACCUAAGUUUUGAAUAAUUUAAAUUACUGUUUGAUGUUUCAGGAAGCUCACUGUUCUCACCGAGUAUUAUCCUUGGAAGAGGUUGAAGCCCUGCUCAAGGAAGUGGACGAAGAACGUGUAGCAACUGAAGCCGAGGAAGGCAAGAAGAAGUAA